AUGACGAAGAAGAGUUCGAAAACGACCCCUAGUUGGUUGCAAGAACAUAUUGUUGUGGAAGAGGCAAAACCCUCGUCUGUAAUAAGGGCAGGUAAUGAAAUUGAUGAAAUAUUUGCUGGUAAAAAGAGGAAAAAAGAUGAAGUGGGGAAGAGUGGAAAACCUGAUGAAGUAACUAUGACAACCGAGAAAGUAAAGAAGAAGAAAAACAAUAAGAAGAAAACUGAUAGGCCAGAUGAUGGUGAAUUUGUAGACCGACCUUCGCGGCCAAGAAAGAAAACGCAGGAUGGACUUUCCAUUUAUACUGAGGAGGAGUUAGGUAUUAAUAAACAGGAUGCUGGAAGUACCCCACUCUGCCCAUUCGAUUGCUCUUGUUGUUUUUGA